AUGAAGUUCAUGUCCAAAGUGGCUGAUACACUCGUUGACGCUGGACAUAAUGUGACUGUUUAUUCUCCAAACAUUAUUCCUCAUAAAGGUCCAAUGCCAACGAAAGCUCAUAAAAUCGAUGCUGAUUUCGGUGGAAUUACUCUGGAUUUGGCAGCAGCUCAACGUCACGUGUGGAAUAGUGACAUUGCUUCCUAUAUAGAGCUAUCAAAAGUUGCUCUGAAACCGACGCGAGCACUCGCUAAAGCUCUGUUCAAUUCGGACGAGUUCCAUGAGUGGAUACGUCAACAGAAUUUCGAUAUAGUUGUAUCAGAAGGCGUCGGUUGCUAUGACGGUUUGCUGUAUAUGCUGGGAAUCAAAAAAUUUGUUGUGACCGUAUCCACAAACCCACUCGAGUAUGUGGUAAACGCACUAGGUAUACCAAACACACCCAGUUUUGUUCCAGGUAACAUCUUUCGAGCACUAUCUUCUGUCCCUCUGACUUUUAUUUCCAGUAUUUUUUUUAGUAAACAACAAGGCUUUUCGGUGCCAAUGACGUACAUGGAACGAGCACUGAACCUUCUAGAAUACGUCUUCACGGCAACAAUCAUUAAAUAUACACUAGAGCCGGAGUUUGACGGGUACUUCGACCAGAAAUUCGGCAAAAAUGCCUGGUCUAUGCAGAAGAGGUGA